UAUUAUUGUCUGUGUUUGACUCAUCCAGCUAGGUGGUGGUUCCUAAAUUCUAAAAUGUUUUUAAAUUAAUUAAAUAGAAAUAUGAUGGAAUACCUCUUAAUGUCGAAAUCUAUUUUAUAAGAUAUUGUAAUGUACAAGAAAACUUUAUCUUCUCAUUUUGAUAAUAUUGUUGUGGUACAUUUUUUCGUAAUGGAUCAUCUUACCGAAAUUAUUGAUGCGAAAUAAAUAUAUCUCUACGAUAUAAAGUCGGCGCGCGUGAACUGUGUGUUUUAAAGUGAAUUCUUCACGUGUGUUAUUAUUUUUCAAUGUAUAUGUGGUUGAAUAUUAAUAACAUACCAAGGACAUGUACAUAACAAAUUCCCGUCGCUCUACAUGUUUGACGAGUCGUGCGGGCUAUGGAUCAUGCUUAAGUGGCAAUGAACACUUGACCGCGCCAUGGAACAUAAAGAUGGAUGGAGCGGCGGAGACACGACUGCAGCCGACAAUAGCACGGAGCGCACGCAGGCCGACCGCGACCGCGUGCGCAUCGAGUUCUACGCCACCUAUGACGUCAUGACCGGCGUGCGCAUAGCCGCCACCCUCGGCGGCUUCUUCGCCCUAAUGGUCUUUUUAAUCGUUUACAAGAGCCGCAGCAAAUCUGUGAAGGCGUUGAAUGAUCCUAAAUUAGUAGAACUCGCGGAGGCGGUCGUCGCCGAGGAGCAGGCGGUGGAAGAGGAGCGGCAGUUGAACGCGGCUCUAGAGGAGGCUUUGUCGGAGCGAGCUCGCUCGCGUCCGUCGUUGGGGGAAGUACCGCUGUGGCCGCGGACGUCCCGGUUCGCGUCCUACGGCGGCGGGUACGGGAGCCUGCUGGCUCCUCCGCGGAGACUUUCCACCGUGCGCGGAGACUCGCUGCCGGGCUCCGCGCUGCGGUUCAACGAGAGGCGAGCGUCCGCCGGGCCGCGGGACAGGCGACUCAGCUCGGCCACUUGUUCGAGUUCGGGCAGUUCGUAUUUGGAGCGGCGCGGCUCGUCGGUGGUGUGCUCGCUGCCCGAGCGCCGCCUGUCGCCGUGCCCGAGCGAGCGGCUGGCUCCGCUCGCGUCGGUGGGCAGCGUGGGCCCGUCGUUCGCGGUGGAGUGCGACCUGGCGUCGGUGGGCGCGGACUCCGUGUUCGCGGAGGACGAGGCGGACUCCACGGACGACGAGGUGGAGCAGUUCUCCACCGACAGCGGCGGGCCCGAGCCCGGCGCGGAGUGUACGGAGUUGGCCACGCGGCCGGCGCUGCCGAUGCGCCUCGAGCGCGCGUCGACCUCCCGCGAAACGUUAUUCUAGUCGUCAGUCACCGCGCUGGAUGUUACAUGUUAUAGAUAUUUCAAUAUCGACUCGUCCGUGUUCAUUCUCUACGAGUUUUCUUUGACAUAAUCACGUGUAGAACAUAUCAGAAGCGUCAUAAUUUAACAUAUCAUUUAAAAAUCACCCACAUGGAAUUAACUGGCGAAUCGGUUCGUUUACCCUUUUAAAUAUUAAUGUACUCGAAUGGAGGUAGCGCACGUCGGGAUAUCAUAUAAUAUGAUAUACGUUCGGGUGUUACUGUUCUCAUUUAAAACCUUCGGCUUUUCAACAUAAGGGUUCAUCAUAUUAAACAAAUUUACGGACUAGUCGAUAUUUUAAUAUCGAUUGUAUUAUGUAAAUAGUUGGUUUUGUUAAUUAAUUAAUGUAUCGCAAUGUUGAUGUUCUAAAGCCAUGAUGCAAUUUUAAAAUGUGAUCACUACUAGUUGACAAAACGUCUGGAACUGAAUAUCGAAUUGUCGUACGUAGAGCUUUCUAGUCGAAUCGAUCUAUCGCUUUAUAUGUGACCUAUAUUUAAGAAAAAAAAAAAUGGUAUUUUCGAUGUCGGAACACAGUUUCCGCAACAAAAAACAAGAUAGACAUAAAUAUUAUUGCGCACAAAGAUAACAUUUUAUUCCUGUACGAAAUCGAAGCUAUUAUCGAACUUUUAUACUUUAUACCAGAAAGUGAAGCAAUCAUAACUAAAGGUCAACAUUGAUUGCCACUGAUGUCUCGGUUGCAACUAUGUAUUAUUUCACCGAAAUUAUAUUAUUUACAUUAUAUAACAAUAUCCACCCCAGAUCUUACGCAAACUGAUUGUUAUGAUAAUUAAUUCAGGGCUCAGCGCCGUGGAAAUUAAAAUUGGGUGAACAGAAUGACUCGGAACCGUAGAACACUCCGACAAUGUCACCGUUUAGUGUUCCUUUGAAAUAUUUAUUAGGUAAACGAAAUGAUCUGCCGAAUUAAUCUUUAUAAUAGAAGGCACGUAACGUACCUGCUUAGUAACUGGUGUUAGGAUUGGGAAACGUUGGUUUUCCUUUUAUUUCCCAUAAAUUGUAUACACUUGCGUGCUUGUUUUUUCAAUAUAAACUUGUUUGUUGAAUGUUCCGGUGUGUUCCGGAAUAUACGGAAGAAGCUAUUUAGCUUAAUUUGCGAAAGUCCGACAUAAUGUCUAGUCUAGAUAAUAAUGAUCUAUGUAUUGAUGUCCAAUUAUCUAGUCAUUUUAAGUUAGGGACAACGGAAGUUGUCUAUUUCUGUUUAGCGAAUUUUAUUGUAAAGUUAAGAAUACCUAUGUUGAAAUUAAUUGAGGAUUGAAAUUAUUCUUUCCUUUUCUGGCUUUAGUAUCGGCUAAUGCAUUUAAACUGUACAUGUAAACUGUUUUAAUGUAAAAGUUAAAAAAUAACAGUUUUAACACGGCUGUCUAAAAAGGAGUGUUUUGUUUAUGUACAUGUGAGUUUCGUUAUUCAGCCAUAACUUAUAAAUACCUUAAUAGAUUUAGAUGUAUGUAGUUAUGUACUUGUGUAAAAAUUUACGACUCAGGGCAGAGCAGUCGUGUUUUCAUUUUUUUAAUUAUUGUAUAUUUGGAUAUUUUGUGUGCGAUUUUAAAAUAAACAAAUUGUAUGAAACAAAUAAAGCAGGAAGCUCUUAACAUGUUAUAACAGUUAGUUAUUUAAAAGCACAAUUGUAAAUUAACAGACCUUAUUUGCCGGUAAAAAGUGUAGCUACAAUAGAGGCAAAAGAAAAACAUUUCUUUAAAAAAAACAUAAUUUUCGGGUUCAUUACAAAAAUACAGAAAUUAAAAAAUAGUUUUCUCCGCUUUAAUAUAAGUAUGUGGCACUCUUUAUAUCGCAUUUCUUAAAAGAAAAACGAGCACGAAUAGUUUGGACGCAUUUACGAUGUACGUAUAUUGUAAUUUAUCGGUUUUUAUAUAUUUUUUGUGGGCGCGUGAAGGAGAUUUGUUAAAAAAUUAGUUUUGUUAUAAAAUUGACAAGUGAUGUUGGAAAUAAUGUUGAUUGUUAUUAUGCUAUGAUCACAUUUAGCAAUUUGCAAAAAGUAAGAAUGUACGAGUAAUGUUUUAGGGGCUUCAAGGUCGAACUAUUAGCCAAAAAUAAAAAUGUGAUAUCCGUCACAGUAGUGAAUUAGAUUUUGAGGAAUUUAUAGUUCUUUUUUAAUAUUGUUCGCGUAAGUAUCUUGUUUGUAUAAAAAAAGGAUUAUAAAAUGUUUUUGCCAAUCAUUAACAGUUGAGUUUUAAAAAGCUAAAUUAUUUUCUUUGCGAAAUGAAGGUCACAAGAUUUUUCCUUUUCACGUAUUUAGAGCGAGUGUCUGAUGGACCUGUAUAGAAUUUCAUCUUUAAUAGACGAAAGUGUCUCAUUCCAAGCCUCUACCAUAGUUGAAGUACGGUAGGCGACUAUAGUGUUAAAAAAUCAUAAAAAUUAAGACUUGGCGGGUUUCAUAGGUCGCCCUAGUGUAUUUUUUUUUCGUAGUUUAUUCGUCAUCUUUAUAUUUUUAAACAAUUAAGGUCACUUAUUACAAUUUCUCGAAAACCGUUUGACGUACGUACGUUUGGCAGGGCGGUUCAUAAUUACGACGUAAUUUGAUGAUGAAUCGUAUGAAUGGAUUAAGACCUACGGACCGCGGACAAAGUCGCGGGCGUUGGCUAGUAAUACAUAUGAGAAAUUGUUCUCAUGAUUCGCCAUACACUGUUGGUUGCAACUCUUCCGAAAAGCUAUGUUAAAUAUUUUAAGGGUCUCUGGCAAAGGAUUACAAAAUGAUAUAUCCAAAAUCCACUCUACCUAUCUAUACUUAUAAUAAAACUGUAACAGGUCAAAUUCUGUACAUUGAAGGCAUUUUGAAAAUUUUAGUUGAAGGGCAUUACUUAUAUAUAAGUAGGUACCUGUAAUCGAUACUGAAGCCAAAAAUAUUUUUUAUUUUAUUUUUUUGUAUAUCUGUCUGUCCGUAUUUAAUGUUGACCGGGCAUUAUGCUGAAACUACUGAAUUAAUUUAAAUGAAACUUGACACGAUUUGAGACCUUAAUACGUAGAAGGUUAGAGGAUACUUUUAGUCGCGAAAAUUAAAUUAGAAGGAAUAAAACAGGUGUUGAAAGUUUAUAUGAAAAGUCCUUCAUUUUUCUAGUUACCAUGUAUUGCCAAAAAAACGUAUUACCAAAAAAAAAACUAAAAAUAAAUAAUUUUUCAAAAUUAUAUUCUCAAUGGUUAAAAAGGAAUAGAAGUUAGUGGACUAUUUAUUAUCUAUGUAUAAAACAUUCGAGAAUAUAAAUUAGAAGGGAAUGGAAUAGCGGUUUACAUCGAUUUCCACGCGUACGAAGUCGCGGGCGUCCGCUAGUAGUCAAUAUAGUUGCCUACCGUACUUACUUACUUACCUAUGGUACAAGCACGAGUUGUCAGCCUUCUAGCUUUUAAAAUUAUGAAUCUGGGUAUCAUACAAUGAUGUUAGAAAAAAAAAAGAGGUAGAUAGGUUAAACACGAACCGCAAGUGGCACGUUAAAACUAUGCUAAUUAGCAAACCUAAGCUCGGUCAUCCGUACGCCGUACUGUCAUUGCGCCGUUGACAACGCCGCUGAAAAUCUAAAAUAUUUUUUGCUCGCCAGUUGUAAAAAUCGAAUGUGGCUUAUGUAACUUUUUUUUUCUAACAUCAUUGGUAUCAUAGUAUGGUGUUAGACCAUUUUACUGGGAUCCAAAUAUUUAUAAAAACUUCCAACAAAAAAAACUCUUAAGUAUUCAUAAUAUUUAUUGCGGGCAUCAAAAUCACUUUUGUUUGUUACAAAACUUUUACUAAAGAAUAACUUAACCCUCUAUUGCCGGAUGAUAAAUAAUUAAUUAAAAACAAAUAUUUUUUUUUGUUUUUAAUUUGUACUAGUUAGAAGUUUCAUGUAAAAACUCAUGUGGUUCUGGUUUACAAAAUAAUAAUUACAUAGUCAAUAACUACAAAACCAUUUUGUAUCUUACGUUUGCACAUUAUUGCUAAAAUCGUUAUCUUAUUUAUAACUGACAACAAUUCUUGUGAUUUUCAAAAUAAAUCAAAAUCGCUUGCUCGUUUCUUCUUCAGUACAUGUUUAAAACUCAUUUCAUACCAUGAACGUUAACAAGCUAAAAAUAGUAUAUGUAAAUAUUGAAAAAAAUUUAAAAGCUUUGUAAAUAGAAAAACUACUUAUGAAAAUACAAGAUGUGACUUGAAUUAGAAAACAAAAAUUAAAUAUGUUCCUUUAUGUAGCAAUGUUUUGAUGAUAAGCAAUGAUUGAAUUAAUACGUUUGUUUAACUGUAAGGUGGAAAAAUAAACAAUAGCCAUUUAUGAACCUACGAGUAUGCAAUUGAGGGUUAAGUGAUUUAUAAUUUUGGAUCGUUGUAUGGGAAUAAUUAAAUUCUUACUUUAUUUAACGAGUACGACCUUAACGUGGUGUUUGUAAAAUGUAGAUAGUACUAACUCGGUAGGGUAGUCGUCGAGUCAAUUUUAAAUUGUAUAUUUGUACUAUAGUGGAACAUCCCUCACAAAUCAAUAGGGCACACGAGACCAAUUCGUCCUUCGAACAAUAACUUUGUACGGGAGAGGCGGCCUAAUAAACUAUUGCUUUAUAACGAAUAUCACUUAUCAAGGAAACUGCCACUGUUCUCGUCUAGCGAUGUAACGCACACCGGGAUUUUAUUGAUUCUAGUGUGCCAACCCGCACACAGCGGGGCCCAGUAGAUUAACUAACACAGAUCGUUUUUAUUACGAAUUAGAUUUACGUGUUAGUUUAUGUAACUGUUCGUUGCUCGAAUUAAAAUGAGCUCCCAGUAGCGUGGUAAUAUGUUGAAAUGUAUGUAAAAAAAUAUUGUAAAUAUAUAAAACACAAAUCAA